AUGACUCUACCCAUUGCCUCGACAGCCAUUCGUGAGGUGACAAUUAUGGGCUCAUUUCGGUAUCGAAACGCCUUUCCUCUGGCCAUAGAGUUGGUCGGCACCGGUAAAGUGAAACUCAAACCAUUCAUUUCGCAUACAUUUCCAUUCAAACAAACUUUGGACGCGUUUAACACGGCUUUUAAGGGAGAGGGCGUCAAAGUGAUCAUCAGAGUCAACGAUAAAAUCAUUCCUCGGGAGGCAAAGGGCAGACAUAUGAGGCAAUUGUCUGAAGCGGAGCGCCUGAAACGGCUGUACCCCGAAAACGAGCGCCUUAUCGCCAACAUUCCCAGUCGAUUCUUCGAAGUCAUAUACCCUGUUCAGGUCCGCGAGCACCUCAAGUUCGGGAUCUCCACCCGCGAUGCCAGUGCCAAUAGG